ACUUACAGUCAGUUUAAAGUCAAUACUGCAACAAAAUGUCCCACUGUGCUGUUCUCUGUCUCUUCUUUCUCUCUGGUGUCUUUCAAAAAGGUCUAGCAGCUCUGAUAGAAACUCAGCAGACUGUGCUGGCAGCAGUGGGAGAAGAGGCUCAGUUAAACUGUCAGCUGAUGAAUGAUGAAGAUUUUCUGCAAGUCAUAUGGUGGAAAAUUUUACCUGAUGAGGAGCAGCAUCUUGCUAUGUACGACAAAUACUUUGGUCCACGAGUAAAUCCUGACUUCAGAGAUAAAAUUGAAGUUAUCUGUGAAGCUGGACUGCUGAACUGCUCCUUAGUCAUCAAGAACAUGACGGAGCAGGAUGAAGGAUGCUAUCACUGUGUGUUCAACACUGAGUCUAAAGAUGCUUUCAAUGGUACAACCUGCCUCAGAGUCCAAGAGCUGCAUGGCCCCGUCCUCCAUGUGAGAGCCUCAGACUCUCCUGAAGAGACAGUUGUGUCCUGCUGGGCCACAGGUGGACCUGCUCCCACAGUAACACUGACUGUCCCUCACUACAACUCUAGCAGAGUCACCAACAGCAACGGGACAGUCACUGUCACCACCACAGCUCUGCUGUCUGCUCUCCACCAUGAGAGCAGACAGGUUGGAUGUGUGGUGCGAUGGUCCUCUGGUCCUCUGAUAGAGGUGUCCACCAUCAUUCCUGCUGACAAAUGGAUGUCUUUUCCACCUGCUUUGAUCCUUUCAUGUAUCAUGAUUCUCAAUGUUCUUUCUGUUGCUGUAUGCAUCAUUUACCUGCAGCGGCGGUGUCAACAUCAUAACAGUCCGUCUGACAGGGACUCUGAGGAGACUGAGACAACACAAAGACCAGCCAAAGAGACUAAUAAGGUCAGAACACCUUUAAAGAAGUCAAUGGAGAAGGAUUGGCUCCAGAUGUCUUCUGUGAAGAGAGAAAAACAGAAUGCAGUGAUCUAAAACCAUCAUCUUCUGUAAGGAGGAGUUUGAUGAUGAGUUUUAAUCAGAGUGAACUAAUUAGUACUACAAAAUAACCCAUAAGACUGUAGUACCAUCACAGAGAAGGUUGGAAAGUGCUCAAAGAGACUCAUAUUUCAAUAUUACUCAGUCAUCAUGUUCAAAAGAUUAAUGUACAUUGUAUAGUUUUUAAAACAUCUGUAAUAUAAUUAAGAUAUAUUUGCAUUCUUUGUUUUGUACUUUUAAAGAGAUUUUCUUUCUCAACUAAAAUGUGUUUAAAUUCACGGCUGCUUUUUGUAUUUUGUAUCUAGACUGAAUCAUGACAAUAUUAAAAUGACAUGGGACUGUAUAUAUUGUAUAUACUAUUAUAUUAUAUAAAUAAAAUGAAUGUUGUCUGAGAUAAUCUAUGUCUUAAGGAUCAUAUGUAUCAUUAGUGUGAGAGCAGUGCAGAGUGGUGGUGAGUGACUCUUAUUUACUAUCAUGCAAAUGGAGCCAGACCAGCUAGCACAACAACUGGCUGUCAACAAAGAACAGAAACUCAGAUUCAGACAGAAGGAUCAAAGAUGCAACUUUUCAUUGAGUCUUACCAGAGUUUCUGUGUGUAGUGACAAACAUGUGGGUUAUAAAGAGUCCACACUAGAGCUUCUCUGAUGUAAAACACUGAGCAGAGUGACAGUGAAUGCAGCACAGUGCAAUAGAACAGGUUUGCUUUGUGUUUUGAUGAAAAUAAGAAAUGCUGGAGGAGCUAUGGCGCCCUCUAGUGUGUUUUUGUGGAAGAUCACAUGAGUCCUCCACCAGGAGUUUAAUCAAUUAUUUGCACAGGAAAUUAGGACUUUA